UUAUCAUCAUUAGUCGGGUGCCUCUCUCACCUCUCCCCCGCACGAGCGAACAGACCCAGCCGCCGCCGACGGCUCCGCCCUCUCCCUCGAUCUCCGUCGUGCGUUGUUGCUACACCCCUGACGCUGGAUCCGUGGAGGAGAGGGAGGAAACGCCGUUGUCUCCUGCCGUUGCCGCCGCCCGACGGAACGCCUCCGCUUCGCCCAUCUUCCUGGCGGCCACCAUCUUCUGGAUUGCGCCACUUCCAUGCUCCCUCCAACGCUGUCUUCCAGCCCACUACGCCGCCGCCGUCCAACAUGAUGCCUCCACUCCGUCCUAUCUUAUAGGCGACUGCCCUAAUCACCGGGGCGUCAUCCAUUUGCCAUCAGCCCAAUGCUUCAGGGACUCCUCGUACCGAAGGCCUGCAAAUACCGAACGACAGUAAGUCUACGGUACGUCUGUGAUUGACUCCUCGUACCUGUACGAUCCCCGAUCGUCUGAUCGUUCUCCAGACUAAACGUCGAACUCGAACGGUGAUGCGGGCGUCCGAUAAGCAGAAGCAGCAUUAGGCAGAGACAUGCCUGGCUGUGUGCAGCAGCCGGCAAGAGGACACAGGGGCAUCGGCAUGCGCACCACACAAGCUGGUGAAGAUUCUUACAAUUCAGAAUCGUUAUACUGAACUGGUUAAUGGGUUCGCUCCAACAGAUGAAUAAACCUAUGAGAAGGUGUGCUAAUUUAUUUUUUGUGAUUUAGUACUAUAUUGGCAUGCUAUAUUUUGUUUGUGCAGAAAAAUUGUAUCAAUUGGACCACUCGGUUUAAAAUCUUGGCUACGCCACUCGCGUCUGGUCCUCUUGACAUGCCGGCCUUGAUAAGUACACGGAUACCACACCGAGGCCAAAGUUCACAAGGUAUGCAACAGCUGCACUCGAUAAUAAAAAGCAUAAGAUGAAUUUUAUGUUAGGUACGGACACAUCCAACUUUUACCAAGCAUAGUCCGUGUUAAGCGAAGUACAUUAUCUCGCGGCUGUGUGAUGUGCAGAUAUAGGAAUUAGACCUUUCUUCACAGGAGCUGUAUUCAUUAUUUAUCAAGUAAACCGUAUUUUAUAGCAGAUCAAAUAGGCCUUUCCUAGCAAUUCUAUUCAUAAAGAUGUUUGAUGUCUUGCUUGAUACUCGUGUUGCAGUUUGUGAGGAACUACGAAAAUUCUUUACUCUUUAUACACAAUUUUUUUCCACAUAUCCAUUGGCCAAAGAAGUGCCCAUGAAGAUCAGGUAUAUUAUAGUGUCUGCAGAUCUCAGAAUACCAUACUUUUUAGUGCUCUUUUUAUUCUGCUGAAUUUUUUUUGGCUCCCGUGUCACCCUUUAAAGGAAGGUUUUCGUGACUAUGGACCAGACAUGUUAGUUUACCAGAGAGGUAAGCAAAUUUUGUAUCUGCAUGGGCGUAAUGCUGCAUUGAUCAUGAGUUCAACAGCUAAAAUUGGGAAUUUGUUUCGUUUAACAUAUAUACUGACCAAAUGGUUUGUCGAAGCUUUCAAAACAUAUACUUACAGGAUAUCUUCAUCCAUGAUACAGGUUCUAGAACAGACCCGACAAGUGGGGUAAAAGUGUACAACUAGUUUUGUCAAAGAUGCUACUUGCUUCCACUGUUUUGGACAUGAAGUAGUUGAACUGGGAAUUGGAUCGGGUUCAUGGAACUUUUUCUCUUGAGUGCAGUACGUCCCAACGGCUUGUCCAGAUGACCCAGAAGAAUUAAAAUGUGUGCUGCAGUACCUGAAACCUAUGGGCGGCUCCCCAUUUAUGUCCAAGAGAAUGCAGUUUGGCCAUGGUUCUGCACAUACCUAUGGGGGCUUCCAGUCUAUUAUGAUUGAUGUGGCAUGCAUCUCACUUCAGGCAAGGCAUCUGCGAAUGACACUGAUAGUGUGGAAUACAUGAAUGCCUACAUAGGGAGCACACUGGAUGCAUUAAGAACGGAACUCUUAAUUAGUCGAGGAACAAAGUUGUGGUCUCUCUAAUUGUGAAGAUGUUAUCUGUCAGAUUAAGUGAACCUCCCCUACCAAAACUGAGAUGCAUAGAUCUCCACUACAGGGUCUUGAUAUUCUUGAAAUUGGAGACGAGCAGUUUCCUGCAAGCCUCGAGUAUGAUGACAAGUACGACCUCGAGAUGGUCUGCGCGAUACAUCUCUGUUUCUCGCACUACCACUCCAAGGUUUCAGGGGAGGACAUGCUCGAGUUUGUCAAGCAAAAGCUUGGCAUCAGGGUCGGUGCCGGUACCGGCCGGAGCUCGGUGAAGCGCAGGCCUGAGGAUUCAGAUUUAUGGCAGGGACACAAUCAAAUUUAUACCAUACGUUGUGAUGAUACAAGGAAAGUAAACAUAGAUGCAUAUUUUGUUCAACGUUACGAUACAAGGGAGAGUUGGCCUACGUCGCCAACUGAUCUGCGGCAGCGUGGAAGGAGAGUUCAAAAGCAGCAGGAGCGGCUGUUCUACUGCUGGUCGGAGGGAGAGCUUGGCAAGGGAGACAGAGGGAGCUCUACAACCACGAUCUUGGCAUACAACCCGAUGGCAUCAUGUCCACUCUUGCAGACUCCAUAUUUUUCAGCAAGUACGUUCGCAAAAAAAAUUGAUCUCAGCAGGUUGCUCCUAUAUGUGUCAUUGACUAUGUUGCUUGUGGAGAGUAAUAAGGAUUUAUCUAGCUCAUGUACAUCUGAGCCUGAGACGGAGAGGACGACUGUCGUGGCUCCAUUGAUGAUAGUGGUUGCGACGCAGAGCCGUACGAAUGGACAACAAGCAAGCCAAGCACUCCCUGGGAAUCGCCGUGAUUCUGAAACGGGUGGCGGGUCCCUGCCUCUACCGCCCAUGAAGCUGACAACGAUCACGUGGUCGUCGUGCGACGGCUGCGGAGGGGGGAGGGGGGCAGGCAGGGGGAGACUUAUAGGCGAGAACCUGCACGGAGGAGGAAGGAGACGCCUCAGGUGGAGAUGAUGACGACGACCGUGCCCCAUCACUAGCGGCGGUCACGACGUGCAGCUGCAGGACUAGAGAUCAUACAGGGAGCAAACUGCGUAGCAAGAUCAAUAAUGAAUGGUUCAAGUCAUGUAUUACAAGUUACAAUGAGCAGGAGGUAGUCAAGUCAGUUGAUGAUAAGGAUAUUAUUCGAACAUUUACUGCAAUGACGUCUCGGAAAGGGCAUUUGCCUUGUGAUUGUCUUUAGUGCGCUAUUGGUAUUCGUGCCUUCUAUGAUUUUGGCAACAUGGCGAGCUUGCAGCAGGGGUCAGAGAAGGGCGCGUUGUGACGGACCUCCGCUCCUCUGCGGAUGCCUAAGCAGCGAUGAGACGCUUCACGGAAUCGAGUCUAUGAGUCUCUCUGCAUGCGCUGCGGCGAGAGUAUAAGUGCCUUGAUCUGUGGCACAGCUCCUAACCCCAUUCCCUUUGGUUUCGGCUUGACUCGUUGUGAAUUCUGAUGCGUACUUUCUUUUGGUCAGGGCACCAUGAGGUUGCUGCUGACUACGAUUCCCAACUUCCAGGAGAUAAGGUCGUUGUGAUGGCUUUUGAAUGCCCGCAAUGUAAUGAAAGGAACUACGAGGUCCAGUUUGCUGGACAGUUCCGGCCUAAUAACCAAAGAUGAUGUGUGGCUAGAAAUGACAUGAUGUCUCGUUUAGCAUGGCUGUUGUUCUGAACUGUAACCUACACCAGAGCGUUGUGUGCAGAUAAUUGACGGGAAGGAGCUCCUGAUGGGAAGGACAUACACUGACAAUCAUCAUGUGAAGAAGGCUGUUACUACAGUUGAAGCGCCAAGCAAGAUUCCGUAAUGGGAAAUCUGCAAGUUCUAAACCAUCUCUGAUUUGAGUAGGUCAAGCAAUUGAAUGAUUGGAAAUAUGUAACUACAUUACCAUCUCGGACUAAUCAACCAUUUGAAAGACAUUAUGUGCUCGGGGAGCAAAAACUUUUGGGCAGACACCUUGGUGGUUUUUUCGUACUAUUAAGGAGGCACCAUUGCAACCUGAACAAGGUUUGUGAGCACCUAGCUUAAUCCUUCUGUAUGGAUCCUACAAGCAGAAGUCAUCCACAUCACGUUUUAAUAUUCUGGAGUAUUAUUUCAUCCCUAGCUCCACUUGCUGCUCAAAACCUGUGCAUACCAUAGUUUGACAACCAGCAGACCCCUAGAAUCUGUUGCAUGGAGUGAGCUACCCCAAAUAGACAUGUAACAAAAACAAUAUUUUCUUUCAUCUUGAUAUAAAUAUAAUUGUGCUAUUGGGUCUUUAGUGGAAUAGAUGUGCAAAGCAACAAUUAUAUACCUUGUCAACGGAAGUACCUUGUUCAAUAUAGAAUACUCUAAAUUUUGAACCGUA